ACGAACGAAAUGACACUACUCGACCACUGGUCGUCACUAGUUACCACAGCCACAAAGUCAUAGACCCCGCCUAUUUCUACAAUUUAUCUUCUUCAAAUGGUUGUUUUCAUGAAUUGUUUUAUACAUUUUUACUUUGUGGUAUCUAGUGUAAACUUCGACCACUUAUAAUCGGUUUAAGGGUCACAGACUGAAGAUGGGAACCUAGGUCACUUUUAUCCAAACGAGAAAACACCACAAAGUAGCUACAAGCCUCUUCUCACAGCCUUUGUGCCAAAGAGCCACAAGCGCGGCAUGCGGGUGGGGUCAGUAUUUUACGUUCAGCGUGCUUGGUGCGCCACCUUGUGAAACAUUAUUGUUAAACCAAUGAUUUUCAACCUCCUCUACAAUUUAAAAAUGGCGGCGGUGGUUGUCAAGUAAACGAAAGACGCUUACUGGUGUUUGUAAGAUGGCAAAAAAUGUAGCUAUAAUCGGUUUCUAUCUUGCCUUUUAAGAGUACAUGUGGCCGCAGUAUUCAGUUAAACAUUUAAGGUCUAUUUAAUUGCUGCAGUUUGAGGUGAAACAUUAUGGCAGAAGUUGAGGACGAAGAGUCAAUGCUGGCCUUGAUCAACUACUAUUGCCACGAGAAGUAUUUCAAUCAUGUAUUAAAUGCUGCAGCUGUGGCACAGAGGAAAUUCAGCAAUGAUCCAAUCUUCAGCUUUUUCCAUGCCUACGGCACCCUGAUGCAAGAUCAAAUUCAGGAAGCCAUCCAUGAGUUUGAGACGAUAAAAGACAGAAGAGAUAUGUCCCUCUGUACAUUCAUGGCUCUUGUUUUUGCUGAAAAGAAAAGGCCAAACCCAGAUCGAGAUGUCAUUCAGGAACUGGAUGCCAAGGUGAAAGAGGACCGUAAAAGUGCAACACCUAAGGGUCUCUACUACGCUGGGAUGUUCCUCUGGCUUCUGGGACGAAAUGACAAAGCAAGGGAAUACAUAGAGAGGAUGAUCAAAGUCUCUAAUGGUUCCCGAGAAGGGAUUAUCCUAAAAGGCUGGAUAGAUCUGACCUCUGGUAAGGAUGCACAUGCCAAGAAGGCUGGGAAAUACUUUGACGAAGGCCUGAAAGAGAAAGCAGAUGUUUUUGCUCUGAUGGGAAAGGCACAUUACUAUGAGUAUCGGCAUAAUUAUUCUGGAGCAUUGGAGACAGUCAACCAAGUGAUUGUUAGUUUCCCUGGGUUCCUUCCUGCCUUUAUCAAGAAGAUGAAGCUUCUAUUGACCCUGCAGGACUGGGAGCAAACUGUAGAUGCAGCACAGAGGCUCUUGCAGAAGGAUAAAAACAACCUAGAAGCGCUGAGAAUGCUCGCUCUUCACUCCUUAUGCAGAGAGGGGGACAUCACAGAGUCACUAAACAUGCUCUCAAGUCUCGUCAGCAACUUGGACGCCCAAGAGCCUCACAGCCCAGACCUUUUCUACAGGAUGUCCUUGGCUUUCACACGGGUGUGUGGAAGAAAUGAGAAAGUGAUUCAGCAGACUCAUAUCAUGGUGGACAGAGCCUUCUCCCAAGCCCAAGGGGAUUCUGAUCUGGCCACAGAGCUGGGCUACCAAUUGGUUCUGCAGGGAAGAAUCAAAGAGGCUAUGAAGUGGUACAAGACUGCCAUGACUCUGGACGAAACAAGUGUCUCGGCUUUGACAGGUAUUAUCAGGUGCCAGCUGAUCGAAGGAAACUUGGAGGAUGCAGAGCAACAGCUGGAGUUUCUCACAGAGAUCCAACAGUCUAUUGGGAAAUCAGGGGAGCUGCUGUACCUGCGCGCCAUGCUGGCUGUGAAGAAACGCAGGUCACAGGAUGAGGUCACCAACCUGCUGAAUGAUGCCGUGGACACUCACUUCUCCACACUGCAAGGCCUGCCGCUGGGGGUGGACUACUUUGAGAAGCUCAACCCUGACUUCCUGCUGGAGAUCGUCAAGGAGUACAUAGCACUCUGUCCUGCUAAGCCUCCAGCCCAGGGCCAGCCUCCUGCCCCUCAGCUCCAACACUGUGCCUCUGUGUUGGACACUGUGGUCAAGAUAGUACCUGGACUCCUACAAGGUGUCUUCCUAUUGGCCAAAGUUAGGUUUCAGUCUGGUGACAUUGACUCUGCUCAGAGCAGCCUCCAACACUGCCUGGACCAGUGUCCCUCCCAUGCUGAGGCCCACCUGCUCAUGGCACAGAUCCACCUCUUACAAGGCAACUACAAGCUCUCCUCCCAGUCUCUGGAGCUUUGCCUCAGUCACAACUUUGCGGUCCGAGAGCACCCUGUGUAUCACCUUAUAAAGGCCCAGGCCCAGAAGAAGAUGGGAGAGCUCCAAGAGGCCAUCCAGACUCUGCAGAUGGCCAUGAUCCUGCCGGGGGUCCGCAGGGCCGGUGCCUCAGCCAAAUCCAAGAACAAGAAGGUGGAGCUGAGCUCUGCUGACUGUGUGUCCGUGUUCCUUGAACUCGCCGAGGCCCUCUGGCUCAACGGAGAACAGCACGAAGCCGCCAAAGUGAUGCAAGACGCCAUCAACGAGUUCUCGGGCACUCCUGAGGAGCUGCGUGUCACCAUCGCCAAUGCUGACCUGGCUCUGCUGCGUGGCGACACCGAGCUUGCCCUGAGCAUGCUCAGAAACAUCACCCCUGAGCAGCCCUACUAUAUCCAGGCCAAGGAGAAGAUGGCCGACAUAUAUCUGACUCACAGGAAAGAGAAGCGCCUUUAUGCCAGUUGUUACAGAGAAUUAGUAGAGAAGCUGCCGAGUCCUCAUACAUAUCUUUUACUUGGGGAUGCUUAUGUGAAUAUCCAAGAGCCAGAGAAGGCCAUUGAGAUCUACGAACAGGCUCUGAAGAAAAACCCCAAAGAUGGAGCUCUGGCCAGCAAGAUUGGGAAAGCUCUCAUCAAGACUCACAAUUACGUCAAGGCAAUCAAUUACUAUGAAGCUGCUCUGAAGACUGAGCAGCAGAACUUCCUGCGAUAUGACCUGGCUGAACUGCUAAUGAAGAUGAGACAGUACGAGAGGUGCGAGAAAGUUUUACAAGAGGCUCUCGCCCAUGAUCCAGUAAAUGAGCUGCCGUUGCUAACCGAUGAUUGUCGCUAUCUGGUCCUGUUGGCCAAGAUCCAAGGCAAGGUUGACAAAAACGAGGAUGCUUUACUUUCCUUGCAACGAGCCCGGGAUGUGCAGGCCAAGGUGUUGAAGCGUGUGCAGUUGGAGCAGCCAGACGCUGUCUCCAUGCAGAAGCAGCUCGCUGCAGAGAUCUGUGGCGAGAUCGCUAAACACUACACGAGUCUUAGAGGCUAUGAGAGAGCAGUGAAAUUCUACAAAGAAGCUCUUGUCUAUUGUGAGAGUGAUGGCAAGGUGAUGCUGGAGCUGGCGCGGUUGUACCUCACUUUAGAUGAUGUUGAUGGCUGCCAACAGCAAUGCAGUGUCCUUCUGAAGAGUGACCAGGUCAAUGAAGAUGCAACACUGAUGAUGGCUGACCUGAUGUUCAGGAAGCAGGACUAUGAGCAAGCCGUUUUCCACUUUCAGCAGCUACUGGAGCGCAAACCAGACAACUACCCAACAUUGUCACGUCUAAUCGACCUGCUGAGGAGAGCUGGGAAGUUAGAGGAAGUUCCCAGGUUUCUGGAGAUGGCUGAAAAACAUUCCUCCAGGGCAAAGUUUGACCCUGGGUUUAACUACUGCAAAGGACUUUAUCUGUGGUACACAGGUGAACCCAAUGAUGGGUUGCGACACUUCAACAAGGCACGGAAAGACAACGACUGGGGUCAGAAUGCUGUGUACAACAUGAUUGAGAUCUGUCUUAACCCAGACAAUGACACCAUGGGAGGAGAAGUCUUUGAGAACCUAGAUGGUGACAUGGGGAACUCUACUGAGAAGCAGGAGUCAGAGCAGCUCGCCGUGAGAACAGCAGAGAAGCUCCUGAAUGAGUUAAAGCCCCAGACAGCCGGUGGACACGUCCAACUACGGAUCCUAGAGAACUACUGCUUUCUGGCCACCAAGCAGAAAGCCAACGUCGAGAAAGCCCUGAAUGUUUUCACAGAGAUUGCAAACAAUGAGAAGGACCAUGUGCCUGCACUGCUAGCCAUGGCGACAGCCUACAUGAUUCUCAAACAAACCCCUCGAGCCAGGAACCAGCUCAAACGCGUAGCUAAGAUGAACUGGAGCAUUGUUGACGCUGACGAGUUUGAGAAGAGCUGGCUGCUCCUGGCCGACAUCUACAUCCAGUCAGGGAAAUAUGACAUGGCUGGGGACCUCUUGAAGAGGUGCCUUCGUCAUAAUAAGUCAUGUUGUAAAGCUUAUGAAUACAUGGGCUACAUUAUGGAGAAGGAGCAGGCAUUCCGAGAUGCAGCGCUGAACUAUGAAAUGGCUUGGAAAUAUGGCAAUCAAACGAACCCCACGAUAGGAUACAAGCUUGCAUUCAACUACCUGAAAGCAAAGAGGCAUGUUGAUGCCAUAGAUGUCUGUCAUAAGGUUUUGGAUGCUCACCCCAAUUAUCCAAAGAUGAGGAAGGACAUCUUGGACAAAGCUCGGGCAGCUUUGCGGUCUUAACAUAAAUGUUUUAGCGAGAGAGAGUGCAGUGUGUGGGUGUAUUAUUGCUCAAUCUUUUUUUAUGUGUUUUGUUAACAAGCAUUAUUACUUGGGUAAGUAUUUGGAUGUAAUUAUAAAUGGAAUUUUGGAGGGAUGAGAGACAGUGCUUUUUAUAAAUGUGAUUACAAUACAAAACA